UAUAUUUUGCAGCAUUGAUUCUUUUGAAGUCGUAAAGCAUACAUGUCUACAUUAGGCAAAAACAGCACAUUUCAACUCUCAAAGUCAUUACAUCGAUUGCAACGAAAAAGUUUAGUUAGACUAUAUACUACAGCAGCAACGACAACGAUCAUAAAAGAACAGCAAGUAAAACCGACCCUAACGAAUGAAAGACGACGAUUAGUAUUCGACAAUCGAUCACCCUCAUUACAAGAUUUUUUAUACGAACAUCAACUGAAGAAUGCAAAGAGAGAUAUUGAUCCAGCGCUGACAAACCCUGACAGAAUACCCUAUCUUGCUCGAACUCCCGAUUUAUGGGGACAAGGUAGAAAAUUUUACAUUGAAAUUUAUGGCUGUCAAAUGAAUGUCAAUGAUACGGAAAUUUUGAAUGCUAUAAUGACAAACAGCGGUUAUAAGCGUACUGAUACUCUAGAAGAUGCAAAUAUAGUAUUCUUGGUUACAUGUGCAAUCAGAGAUAACGCAGAAGUUAAAAUUUGGGAAAGACUGAAAUAUCUUCGACACUUUAGAACCAAGAUUAAUAAAAAUAGUUCGCCUAUUGUGGGUGUACUUGGUUGUAUGGCGGAAAGAUUGAAGACAAAAUUAUUAGAAGACGAUAAACUAGUUGAUAUUGUUUGCGGACCUGAUGGAUAUAGAUCUAUUCCACAUUUGAUUUCCCUAGCAGAAAACGACGAAUAUUCAAAAGGUGUAGCCAAUGUUAUGCUAUCAGCUGAUGAAACAUAUGCUGAUAUUAUGCCAAUGCGGCUCGAUUCUACAAAAACGUCAGGUUGGGUUUCCAUUAUGAGAGGAUGCAAUAACAUGUGCAGUUUCUGUAUUGUACCAUUCACUAGAGGAAAUGAACGAAGUCGGCCCAUUGACACCAUUCUGGAUGAAGUGCGAUAUCUGAGUGAUCAAGGAGUCAAAGAAGUGACUGUAUUGGGGCAGAAUGUCAAUUCAUAUAGAGACGAAUCAGAAUCGAAAUACUUUAUGCAGGGUCCUUUAAUCAACGAUGUAGGAGCAAAUUUAAGUAAUUCAGGCUUCAAAACAAUAUAUAAACGGAAAGACGGUGGUCGAAGAUUUACGGAACUUUUAGAUAAAGUCAGUCAAAUCGACCCUGAAAUGCGUGUGCGAUUCACCUCUCCACACCCGAAGGACUUUCCUACCGACUUGUUACAUCUGAUUGCCUCUCGACCCAAUAUAUGUAACUCUGUCCAUCUACCUAUCCAGUCCGGAAGUAACACCGUUUUAGACAGGAUGAGACGAGGUUAUACACGCGAAGCUUAUUUGGAACUAGUUGCUGAGAUGCGAAAAAUUAUACCAAACGUUUGGAUCAGCACCGAUAUUAUUACAGGCUUCUGUGGAGAAACAGAGGAGGAGCAUCGUGAUACUGUACGCAUCAUGGAACAAGUGAAGUACGAUACUGCCUUUAUGUUCGCCUACAGUAUGCGCGAAAAGACACAUGCUCAUCGUCGAUAUAAGGACGACGUACCGGAGCAAGAUAAAAUCAGAAGGCUGCAAGAAAUUGUUGAUACUUUCCAUAGAGAAGCUUCAAAAAAGAAUCAGGCAUUGUUAGGUUCAAGGCAAUUGGUGUUAGUAGAUUCAGAUAAACAAAGGUCAAAAUAUGGAUACGAUACACAAUGGAGCGGUAGAACAGACGGAGGACAUAAAGUCUUUAUUCAACGCAAAGAUUUUGAAAAUGACCCGUUGAAUAAAGGCGAUUAUGUAGAAGUGACAAUUGAUCAUGCUACUAGUGCUAGUAUGACGGGCACUUUUAAGGGCAAAAGCAGUAUUAGACAAUUUGCUCAACAGCAGAAAAGAGGAUAUAGUACAUCCGCUAGCAGAUGCACGGAUUUAAAAGCGCAAUCGGAAUUGAGAAGUCAGUAUCGUAUAUUUCUACGAACCGGUAAAAAAGCCGUGGAUGGUGUAAAUAGGAAACAUAUUAAAAGUUUGAUUCGAGAAGGUUUCGAAAACAAGGUAUUUCUAUCAGAUCCAAAUAUUGAGUUAAAAGCGAAAAACACACUUGAACUUCUCGAAAUCGCCUCAAAGAAGCGAGGUGUAGGAUAUAAGCUUGUUAGCAAUCUAUGUCAAUUGAAGUAUUUUAAGGACAGGGAUAUGAGAAGACCACCAUUGUUCAACAGGAAAAUGUCACCGGCAGACAAAAAAUUACACGAUAGUGCAAGGAAAGAAUUGGAAUUGACCAUCGCUUGUUUAAACAAUGAACUCAAUCUUUGCCUGCCAGGAAAGAAGCUGUUGUCUUCAUUACAAAUGCAAGCAUUGAUGUUUUGACGAAAUAUAUAGUUUGUAUAAAGAAAAUACUACCUAUAAAUACUACGUGAUCAACUUGUUAUUGUGGGUAGUCAGGAUGACUUCGCUUCGGUAUCAAUAAUAAUCCUCUCAACCGUUUUCAGCAAACGUCUAAGUUUAUGACUUGACGAUUCUUAAUUUGUCGUUCUCAAUAGCUUACUUACGAAAAGAAUAAACUCCUUGUAGAAGAUUAUCAAAAUUUCAAGUGUUCAAGCAAAUUGAAAAUUGAAGUUUUCUACGUCGCAAGGAGAAGCAUUUGAAAGUCCUGC